GUAUUAACUGUGACGGUGCGUAUGCGUGUUGUGUAUGUUGCCACACAAGAAUGUUUCACUGUUUGGGUUUGUUGAAGUCUUGUUUUAAUGUUUAACAAAUUGUUGCGAAGUGCUAGUGAUUAUCACUUGUAAGUGCAGAAAUUUUUGUAUUUAGAGCUUUAUCAUGGCAGACAAUUUAAGUUUAACAGCAGAACAAACGGAAAAAAUACUUCAGUUUCAGGAUUUGACGGGUAUUGAAGAUAUCUCAGUAUGCAGAGAUGUACUGCAAAGACAUGCGUGGGAUUUGGAGGUGUCUGUCCAGGACCAGCUGAACAUGCGUGAAGGACGUCCAUCUGUGUUUGUUUCAGACACUGAUAUACCUGCAGUAGUGAAUGAUCAUUCAGCUCAGCAUGUGUUCUUUUCUCCCCCUCAUGGGAGCAAUGCUCGUGGCAUUCGAGGGCUUUUCAGAUAUGUUGUGUCUCUAGUCUUACAGCUCUGCUACAGCACAGUUACCAGAUUAUUACAGUUUGCAUUCAGGCUAGUGCAGCCUGACCCAAGAAGAUAUGUUAUUGAUCCUGUAAGCGAUGUACUUUCUUUCAUCCAUCUGUAUGAAGAACGAUAUGGACCUGAUCAUCCAGUGUUCUACCAGGGAACAUACAGCCAGGCACUUAACGAUGCUAAACAGGAGCUUCGCUUCCUUCUAGUGUAUUUGCACUGUGAGGAACAUGAAGACACUGCCAAAUUUUGCAGAUGCACUUUACCACACCCAGAAGUGAUAAACUAUAUAAAUACCAACAUGCUGUUCUGGGCUUGCUCAGUUACAACAUCUGAGGGUUAUCGCGUUUCACAAGCAUUGCGUGAAAAUGGAUACCCUUUCCUUGCAGUUGUAGUUCUUCAUGAUGGAAGAAUGACUGUUGUUGGAAGGUUGGAAGGCCCAGCUGAACCAAAUGCACUCAUCACUCGCCUUCAGACAAUUGUGUCAGAGAAUGAGGUAGCCCUGAUUGCUGCAAGGGCUGAAAGGGUUGAACGCAGCUUUAAUCAAACACUGAGGCAGCAGCAAGAUCAAGCAUACCUUGAGUCUUUGCGAGCCGAUCAGGAGAAAGAGCGUCAGCGAUGUGAAGAAAAGGAAAGACGUGAGGGGGAAGCAAGACAGCAGAAGGAAAGAGAGUUGGAAGAACAGUGUCGCAGAGAGGAAAUACAGAGGCAGAAGAUUGAAUACCAGAUGCAUAUUCCAGAUGAACCUCCAGCAGAUCAUCCAGAAGCUGUUCAUAUUGUUAUCAAACUUCCAGAUGGAAUGCGUCUUGAAAGACGUUUCUUGCAGAGCCAUUCCCUUGAGGCUGUCUUCUAUUAUGUAUUUUGCCAUCCUGCAUCUCCAGACACCUUCGAGAUUGCAACUAAUUUCCCUAAACGGGUCCUAAAUUGUGCACCCCAAGGAGAAGGAAGUCACAGCCAGACUUUUAAAGAAGCGGGCCUCCGUUGCCGUGAAGUUCUUUUUGUUUAUGACUUAGAGGCAUGAUGUUAUUUUAUUGAAGGGCUUAAGUGAAGGUUUGUAGUGUUUGAAACUAGACUGUAUGUGUGCAGUGGUGGAAAGGUUGGCAAACAUAGAUUCAAUAUGUUUUCAAACUUUGUUUUUUGCAUAAACAGAUUGUGCUGUAGGCUCCAAAUUAUAAUUAUAUCAAGACAGAUACACAAGACAUGUAAAUGUAAGUAUGAUAGAGAAGGAAUUUCUUAUAGUACCCAGUGUUAAACAUGUUUAUGUGGUGACAGAUAUCAUAGUCAUUUAUAAUGGAGAAUAUUUAAAUUGCAGUUUAAUUCAGAAAAGAGAUUAACAUUUUGUGUAAUGUUUAGGGAUGAACCCACUUUAAACAUUCUUGCUAUAUGUGAAGAAUUUCUGUGUAUUAAUUUCUGUGGUGUAUAAGAAGAUUGUGUAAUUUCUCAUUGUAUAAGUGGAUAAAAGCAACUGUUUUUUUAGACCACUGUUAUUACUGUACAUUUUUAUUAAAUUUAUGCAUGAAAAGACAUUUGAGAAA